GAGAAGGCGAAGAAACUGCAGCUGCCGCCGCCUCGGUGAGCGCUGGGAGAAGGCGCAGAGUCGAAGAUCGCAAGAGCAGCGGCACAGGCAGCCCCCGACUCCGUUCCACUCCGGGCCCGGAUCCAGCCCUCCAGGUUCCCAGCCGCUCGCCUCCCUCUGACGCACUUUAAAGAGUCUCCCCCCUUCCACCUCAAGGCGAGUAAUAGCGACCAAUCAUCAAGCCAUUUACCAGGCUUCAGAGGAAGCUGUUUAUGUGAUCCCCGCACUAAUUAGGCUCAUGAACUAACAAAUCGUUUGCACAACUUGUGAAGAACCGAGUACAUCCAUGGAUUGUCUUUGGACUUAGGGUGCCCUGCCCGCCUUUUGCAGAAGAGAGGAAACUUUUUUUUUCUCCCUCGAGAAACUUUUUCCCCCCUUCUUUUCUCUGCCCGCAGCUCUGGGUCCCCCACGCUACCUCGCCAAAAAGAAAAAAAAAUACCCCUCCCCAUCCCAGCCUGCAAACUCUUCUGGAAGGAUUUUUUUUCCCCCUCUCUCAUCUUUGGGUGCGUUCUGGUUCAAGAUUUUCGGGCUCCUUCCCGUUGCCUCUCCUUCCCCCCUCCCCCUUUUCUUUUCUUUUUUUUUCCUUUUCGACAGCACAACAAAAAAUAUCAUUUUUUUUCUCCCCGAAACUCGGCAUCGGAGCCAGCGCACUGCUGACGCUCCGGAGCGGGGGAGCCCCCAGGACUCGCUCGGCGGCGCAGCAUGUUCCAGCCGGCGCCCAAGCGCUGUUUCACCAUCGAGUCGCUGGUGGCCAAGGACAACCCCCUGCCCGCCUCGCGCUCCGAGGACCCCAUCCGCCCGGCGGCUCUCAGCUAUGCCAAUUCCAGCCCCAUAAACCCCUUUCUCAACGGCUUCCACACGGCAGCCGGCAGGGGCGUCUACUCCAACCCGGACUUGGUGUUUGCAGAAGCCGUCUCCCACCCGCCCAAUCCUGCGGUGCCGGUCCACCCCGUGCCGCCGCCGCACGCCCUGGCUGCACACCCCCUGCCCUCCUCGCAUUCGCCCCACCCCCUCUUCGCCUCGCAGCAGAGAGACCCAUCCACUUUCUACCCCUGGCUUAUCCACAGGUACCGAUAUCUGGGCCACAGAUUUCAAGGAAAUGAAACGAGCCCGGAAAGCUUCCUUUUGCACAACGCCCUGGCCCGAAAGCCCAAGCGGAUCCGAACAGCCUUCUCCCCGUCCCAAUUAUUGAGACUGGAACAUGCCUUUGAGAAGAAUCACUACGUGGUGGGAGCAGAAAGGAAACAGCUGGCCCACAGUCUCAGCCUCACGGAAACUCAGUGUAUCCGUGCUGCUCAGGCAAUCCCUGGGUCACAGGCCUGCGUCGGGAAGACUGGCAUGGGGGCCCAAGAAGAGAAGAGGCAGACCUGCUAUGGUCGCCUGCCCCCAGGCUACUCCAAAGUCGCCAGAGAAAGAGCCGGCACAGAGGGGGACAUCAAGGAAUCUCGGUGGAAUUCCGACUGGGAAAAUGAAGUCCAGACUCGGGAUGAGCGGAAUGUUCGCUUUGAGGCAGCUUGGAGUUUGGACAAUCUGAACUGA